AUGCCGAACGAAACUCAUCACACGCUUCCUCUUCCCGGUGGGGUUGCGACUUUGAACGAUCACAGGAAUACGAACGGUUCGACUAGAAGGAAUUCCCAUGGCUUUAACGGUGGGCAGUCUAGACUUGGGGCUGCCUCCAGGACUAGUACCGCACCUCUGACAAAUGCUGCAGAUGCACGCGAUGAGUAUGUGUCUCUUACCAUACAGAGUAAGAUACGAAACAUGACAGGAUCAUAU